AUGACUGAGGACAACGACUCCUCCAUAACCGAGUUCAUCCUCACAGGAUUCACAGAUCAUCCGGAGCUGAAGGUCCUCCUGUUUGUGGUGUUCUUUGCCAUCUAUCUGGUCACCAUGGUGGGGAAUCUUGGAUUGGUGGCCUUGAUUUACAUGGAACGCCGUCUUCAAACACCAAUGUACAUCUUUCUGGGAAACCUGGCUCUCAUGGAUUCCUGCUGCUCCACUGCCAUUACUCCAAAGAUGCUAGAGAACCUGUUUUCUGCAGACAGAAGGAUUUCCCUCUAUGAAUGCAUGGCACAGUUUUAUUUUUUUUGUUUUGCUGAAACUGCAGACUGCUUCCUUUUGGCAGCAAUGGCCUAUGACCGCUAUGUGGCCAUUUGCAGCCCACUGCAGUACCAUACCAGAAUGUCUAAGAAACUCUGCAUUCAGAUGACCGCAGGUGCCCACAUUGCUGGAAACGUGCAUUCGAUCAUUCACGUAGGACUAUUAUUUAGGCUGACUUUCUGCAAGUCAAAUCAAAUCAAUCACUUCUUUUGUAAUGUCCUUCCCUUAUACAGACUCUCCUGUAUUGACCCAUAUAUCAAUUCAUUAAUGAUACUUAUCUUGUCAGGAUCCAUUCAAAUUUUUACAAUUACUGUAGUCCUAAUAUCCUAUUUCUAUAUUCUUUUCACUAUAUUCACAAUGAAAUCCAAAGAGGGAAGAGGCAAAGCCUUAUCUACCUGUGCAUCCCACUUCUUGUCUGUGUCAAUAUUCUAUGGUUCUCUUCUCUUCAUGUAUCUUCGACCCAGUUCAGUUAAUGAGGGAAAUAAAGAUAUAUCAGUUGCUAUUUUUUACACUCUAGUAAUUCCUUUAUUAAAUCCUUUCAUUUAUAGUCUUCGGAAUAAGGAAGUAAUAAAUGCUAUAAAAAGAAUUAUGAACAGGAAACAAUUUAACAUUUAG